AUGUCAGGAAUUACCGCCGAUACCGUUCCAGAUGGCUUGCCGAAACCAGUGCACGAUGUUGUCCCUCCAUCGACUAAUGGUACAGCUUCACCGUGCCUGGAUCAUCAGUCACCUGGGGACAUAAACGAACAGCUGUCUUCCCAUACCGUUCCUUUCCCGAUUGCCGUGGUCGGCAUGGCAAUGCGACUGCCGGGAGGAGUGAACAAUGCAGACUCAUUCUGGGAGAUGCUGGUCAACAAGCGGGAUGGACACUGUGAGGUACCAGGAACUAGAUACAACGUCGAUGCAUUCUACAGUCCUUCCGCGCCCGGCACAGUGAAAACACGACAUGGAUAUUUUCUGCAGGAUAACAUCGCCCACAUCGAUCGAUCAUUUUUUUCCAUGAGCCAGAUGGAAGCGGCAAAGCUAGACCCACAGCAACGAUUAUUGCUGGAGGUAGUGUGGGAGUGCAUGGAGAGUGGUGGACAGACCAACUGGAGAGGAAGCAAUAUCGGAUGCUUUGUCGGGGUCUUCGGAGAAGACUGGCUGGAGAUAUCGACAAAAGAUGUCCAGUCUAUUGACCGAUCCCACGCCUUGUGCACAGGGGACUUUGCGAUUUCGAACCGUCUGUCGUAUGAAUAUGACCUCCAGGGCCCCAGUAUCACGUACCGGACAGCCUGUUCAUCCUCUAUGGUUGGACUGCACGAGGCCUGCCAGGCUCUAUACAGCGGCGAAUGUUCUUCAGCUAUCAUUGCCGGAUCAAAUCUCCUCCUGGCACCCACUAUGACAAUAUCAAUUUCGGAAAACAUGGUCCUCUCGCCUAGUGGCCUUUGUCGGACCUUUGAUGCAGCUGCCGACGGCUACGGGAGGGGAGAGGCUAUCAAUGCCGUCUAUAUUAAACCACUGGCAGAUGCGAUACAGCAGGGCGACCCUAUCCGCGCUGUCAUCAGAUCUACCGCUGUGAAUUGUGAUGGGAAGACACCGACUAUCACAACGCCUGGGUCGGACGCUCAGGAACGGCUUAUUAGGCGCGCAUAUUUAAAGGCUGGCAUCGAAAAUCUGUCUCAAACUGCAUUCUUCGAAUGCCACGGAACUGGAACGAUUGCUGGCGAUACAGCAGAGACGCGUGUUGUCGCCAGGAUCUUCAACGAGGGCGGUAUAUAUAUCGGCGCGGUCAAACCCAACGUUGGGCACUCUGAAGGUGCCUCGGGGCUAACCAGCAUUAUCAAGUCUGCCCUUGCGCUGGAGAAGAGAAUCAUCCCGCCCAAUGCGCAUUUCUUGAACAGAAACCCAAAAAUUCCCUUUGAGGAGGCGAAUUUGCAAGUACCUGUAGAACCCAUCUCUUGGCCAGACGGGAAAUCUGAACGAGUCAGCGUGAACUCAUUUGGAAUCGGAGGGACAAACGUUCACGUCAUUAUGGAAUCGUUUUCGUCUUCAACCGCCUUGCCAACGUAUGGCUCACUCUCUGCAGCAGUUCCACAGCUUUUGGUGUUGUCCGCAAAGACCAAAAAGUCACUCCAGAAAGGAACAGAGAACAUUCAUGAAUAUGUCGCCCAGCACCGGCCCGCCGCUAAUAAUUUGGCGUAUACAUUGAAUAUCAGACGGGAGCACAUGGCGCAUCGAGGCUUCGCGAUUCUUGACCAGAAUGGUGGGUUAUCGGACUUCGAACAGUCCCACGAAGCCCCAUCCAGCAUAUCUUUUGUCUUUAGUGGGCAAGGUGCGCAAUGGGCCGGCAUGGGCAGGGAAUUACUAUCAACAUCUGCAUGCUUUCUCAAGAGCAUUCAAACUAUGGAUCGAGCGUUGAAGCAACUGGUAAACCCUCCUUCGUGGACUCUUGAAGGUGAGCUCUUGAAAGACGAUGAAGAGAGCAGCAUCUCAGAACCUGAAUUUUGCCAGCCGCUCUGUACAGCUAUCCAGAUCGCGCUGACUGAUAUUCUCCGCGUCUGGGGAAUUCACCCAGCGUCUGUCAUUGGCCACUCGAGCGGAGAGAUUGCCGCGGCAUACUGUUCUGGUGCAAUUAGCGCUGAAGUGGCCAUCACCUUGUCUUAUUUCCGGGGCAAGGCUGUGAAAGAACUGGCAACAGAGCGUGGUGGCAUGGCUGCUGUUGGGAUGUCCGCCGAAGAUGUUAGAAAAUAUCUGCGAAAGGGAGUGACUGUGGCCUGUGAGAACAGCCCAGCAAGUGUGACGCUGUCUGGAGAUGAAGAUACUCUACUCUCGGUCUUGGAAGACAUUCUGUCAAAAAGACAAGAUACAUUUUGCAAACAACUCAAAGUCUCUACUGCGUAUCAUUCUGAGAGCAUGCAGCAACCUGGAAGCAUAUAUGAACGCUUCAUUACGCCGAUUAUGUCCCACGGUAGCAGAAUGACGCCACUCUAUUCUACUGUCACCGGUGGCGUUAUCACGGAUCCAUCCGCUUUAGAUGCGGCAUACUGGCGCAAGAACCUGCAGUCGACAGUCCUUUUCAAUGGAGCAAUGAAUGUUCUGAUAGAAAGCACACAGCGAGCGAAAAUAUUCGUCGAGAUUGGGCCGCACUCGGCUCUAUCAAGCCCGCUCCGUCAGAUUUUGCGCAUGCACGAUCCUAAACAGAUGUCAACGUAUAUCCCUACCAUGAUUCGCAACGAACAACAAUGGCGAGCUCUUCUGAGAACUGCGGGGCGGCUCUAUGUCGGAGGUGCUCCAAUUGAUCUGUCUGCGGUAAAUGUAACAUCUGGCAAAGUGCUGAUAGACUUACCAUCAUACCCUUGGCAACACGAAGACUGCUCGUGGAGUGAGACGCGGCUUGCUCGACAGUGGAAGAACUGCAAAGAGCCUCCCCACGAGCUUCUGGGUUCUCGAUGCCUGGAAUCAUCAGAUAUAGAGCCCUCGUGGAGAAGACUUCUGCAUGUGGGCCAUGUGCCUUGGCUGUGGGACCAUGUGAUGGGGAAAGAUGUGAUAUUCCCAUGUGCUGGCUACAUUGCCAUGGUCGGUGAGGCAAUUCGGCAAACAACGGGAUCGGAAGAGUAUACUAUUCGCAAUAUGUUUAUGAGAGCACCGCUGGUUCUGAGAGGAGAUGAAGCCGCAGAAAUACUGACCAAUUUUCGUCCGGUGAAGCUCUCAGACAAUGUUGAAUCCACCUGGUACGAGUUUGCUAUCAUGGCAUACCAGAACGGAACUUGGAAAAAGCACUGUGUUGGACAGACAAGGGCGGCGAUGGGAAAACCUUCCCAUGCUCAUGAGAUCCAUCCAUAUCCGCGGUCCAUUCCUUCUAGAGCAUUGUAUAAAACGGCAAAAAAGCGCGGUGGUGUCUAUGGCCCCAGAUUCCGACUCCUGCAGAAUAUAUCUGCAAGUACCUCGACCUGUCAGGCAUCUGCUAGUCUCCAAUACAAUGAAGAGGAUGGUGCAACUCACUGCAGUCGAUAUGCUCUUCAUCCAACGGUCAUUGACCAAAGCCUCCAGCUACUUGUCGUUGCCAUGAACCGCGGUAUUCUUCGUCAUCUUUCAACAUUCGGUAUCCCGAUGGUGAUAGAAAAUGUUGAUAUCCGACCUGGCCGUGGCUCAAUAUUCCUCGAUGCAUCUUGCCAUGGGUCUGCGCAAUCAAUAACUGGAGAUUCGAUCGCAGUCAUGGACGGUGAGAUUGUCCUCUCGAUGAAAAACGCGACGCUGGUAUCAGUUGAAGAGAUAGAUGCCGCCAACGACAACGGCUCUAUGAUUGCGCGAGUGGAAUGGAAGCCACACAUCGACCUAAUUACGCUGGCCGAUCAACUCUCUCCUGGUGCUUUACGAGCCUCCUCUGCGCAGCUGCUUGAUAACUUCACACGCAUUUUGAUCGUGAAUACCGCAGCCAAAGUUCGACCCUCUCACCCAAAUGAUUCUCAUUUGAAAAGGUAUCAAGCUUGGCUCUGCGCACAGGCUGAUAUCAUUUCACCGGACAAGAGCAAUGGGCUAUGCCUAGAUUCCCUCUGCCAGGAAGAUAAACUCAACGAAUGCAUACAAGAGCUGGAGCAGGCGAUGCCCCAGCUAGAUGUGAUCUGCAACCUAGCGCGAAGAAUUUCAGAUCUUUCAGCUGAUUUGAUUCAAGAAAAAAUCAGCCCGCAAGAUAUCACAGACGAGAAUCAAAGCAUCAAAGCUCUGAGCACGUUCCUCUCAAUCAGCACUGGCUGUGGGGAAUUCUUUUCGCUACUUGGUCACUCCAACCCGAUGAUGCGAGUUCUCACAGUUGGGAUAGGCAAUGGGCUUACCACUAUGCAGGUUCUUCGCGGCCUCACAUGCAAAGACGGCGUACCUAUGUAUGAAAAAUGCACGGUCACCGACAUAUCUCCAGACCUCGUUUCUCAGGCCAAGGAGAGACUUGACUGGGUUCACAACAUCGAUUAUAUCUUGCUAGACGCUGACAACAAUAUCUUGGAUCAAGGAUUCGAGACAGGAAGCUACGACCUAAUCAUCACAUCGGAGGUAUUUGAUGGAAACAGACCACUCUCCUCUACGUUCCACAACCUUCACGCUCUUCUCGCCCCCGGUGGUCGGCUUUUCAUCCAAGAGCCUUGUUCGAGUACUCCUUUGGUGACCUAUAUUAUGGGUAUCUUUCCGAUGUGGUGGGUGCAGCAGCCUUGUGAUAAUGGAAACCAUUUGGUCUCUCCCAAGGAAUGGAAGACGAUGCUCGAAGAAGUGAAGCUUGAAGAAGGGGACGAGAUAACAACGAGUGACCCGUCGCCCUUUCGACCCAGCACUGCGAUUCUAUGGCGCUCGCGUACCUCUGUCGCCCACCAGGGGCACAUCUCUCUUUUAUAUCUCUCCACCAUCACAGCCUGGGCUCGGAGUGUGGAACGUAUUCUAGUCCAGAAAGGCUACAUUGUGACGUGGCUUGCUUUGGGACAGCCUAUUCCUCCGGGAACCGAUGUGGUAUCUUUGAUUGAUCUGGAAGGCCCAUUCUUCUCGAAUAUGUCUGGGGACAGAUUCCAUCAGCUUCAACUGUUUACUACCCAAAUGACGCACUCCAGGAUUCUAUGGAUCACCGAGAGCUCGCAAAUGUCAUGCAAUGACCCGCGGUUUGGCCUGGUACUGGGCUUCGCGCGGACAAUCAGACAUGAAGUCAUGCCAGAUUUUACCACAUUUGAGAUCGACAAGUUUGAUUCAAUUGGGGCUACUUCAGUCGCUCGCGUUCUUGAACAUGUACACAGGCAACGGAGUUGUCCUUGGGUGGACCCGGAUUACGAGUUUGCAUUGCGCCAAGGAGUCGUUUAUGUUAGUCGAGCCAACUGGACUUCGACUCGGGAGUCUUUGGUUGCCGCGAUGCCCCCAAACAAUGGAGGCAAAGCCCUGGAUAUCGGUACAUACGGGCUAUUGAGCUCGCUUGCCUGGUGUGAACAAGACCAACGACCAUUGCAGGACAAUGAAAUUGAGGUUGACAUGAAGUAUGUCUCGCUAAAUUUCAGAGACAUGAUGGUGGCCAUGGGGUUCGUGGGUAACAAGAGCGAGUUUGGACUCGAAGGUACUGGUCUCGUUCGUCGAGUCGGGUCUUCUGUUGAAGAUGUCCGCGUGGGAGAAGCCGUUCUAGUUAUGGGAACCGGGCUUCUCUGCACUCGAAAGAUCAUCGAUGCGAAGUACUGCUCCCCUCUCCGAGAGGGCCUCUCCCUGGCCGAUGCUGCCACAAUGGCAUGUGUGUAUGGCACUGUUAUACACUCCCUUCUACAUAUCAGCAAGAUCCAGCAAGGCCAGUCCGUAUUAAUACAUUCCGCAUGCGGUGGUGUGGGACUUGCAGCGAUUCAAACCUGUCAGAUGUUGGGCGCCGAGAUCUUUGUCACCGUCGGAAAUGAGGAGAAAGUGCAGUAUCUUAUAGACACCUUUGACAUCCCCCGAGACCAUAUUUUUGACUCCCGGAGCCCGUCUUUCUUCCAGGGGCUUAUGGCGCAGACUCAUAAUCGUGGAGUGGACGUGGUAUUGAAUUCCCUUUCCGGUGAACUGCUGCAUUUGUCCUGGAAAUGCGUCGCCAAAUUUGGGAGAAUGAUAGAGCUGGGGAAACGGGACCUUUUGGGCCAUGCCCAAUUGGAUAUGUCACUAUUCGCCGGAAACCGAUCCUUCACCGGGGUUGAUAUAAAGCAGGUCAUGGAGGAAGACCCGGCCGAGUUUCGCAGUUUAAUGGACGAGGCCAUGGCCUAUAUUUCCGAAGGGAAGCUCAAGCCUAUACGGCCAGUUACCUUCUUCGAAGCGGUCGACAUCUUCCAGGCCUUUGGUCUUAUGCAAACGGGCAAGCACAUGGGCAAAAUUGUGAUCAAUAUGCCGGACGAUUCUUCGGUGCUACCAAUAUCUUGCCGUCUCUCUUCGGUCUCCUUCUCUCCACAUGACUCAUUUCUCCUAGUUGGUGGACUCGGAGGGUUGGGACGCAUGGUGGCCACAUGGAUGGUAGAGAAGGGAGCUCGAGACUUGGUCUUUCUAAGCCGAUCGGCGGGGAAAGAAUCAGAUUCAAAAUCAUUCCUCAAGGAGCUCCAGAGUCAGAGUUGCUCGGUGACUACGAUCCGAGGAAGCGUGGAUAGCCUAGACGACGUGAAGCGUGCGGUCUCGGCGUGCGGGAAUCGCAUUGCAGGUGUUAUUCAAAUGUCCAUGGUGCUCAGAGAUCAGCUCUUCUCUAAGAUGACGCAUAAUCAGUGGAUCUCAGCGUUGGCCCCAAAAGUCGAAGGGACAUGGAAUCUGCAUACGACCCUUGUUGGUCGCGAUCUGGACUUCUUUGUGUGCUUUGGCUCCCUAUCUGGUCUUUGUGGGAACGCUGGCCAGGCCAACUACGCGGCUGCCAAUUCCUUCCUGGAUGCCUUCGUCCAGUAUCGACGAAAACAGGGCCAUGUGGCUAGUGUGAUUGAUGUCGGCCUUAUGGAGAAUGUGGGGUUUGCAUACGAGUAUGCGCCAAAGCUCCUCCAACGAGCCCACUCGGCAUCGAUGCAGACAGUCGAGGAGCAUGAUUUGCUCCAAGCCUUGGAGCUGGCUAUUUUGCAGCCCGGCCAGAUUGCCACUGGGCUUGGGACCACGAGAUGCCCGUCCAACCCCGAUGUAGUUCCCCCUUGGACCCCGGAUGCUCGAUACAGUCUCUGGACAAAAAUAAUCUCAUCGAACGAUACGACCACCACAACAUUGGAAGGAGAUGUCAAGGAGCUAGUUGAGGCUAUCCAGCGUAGCCCUGAAAUACUAGGCGAUCCGCUUAUCGAGAACCGAAUCACCAAAGUGCUUGGCAAAGAGAUCGGGUCACAUCUCACCAGCAUCAAUGAUAUGGAAGAUGAUGAAAUACAAAACCUGGUAAUUGAAUCUCUGGUUAUGAUCGAGGUCAGGAGCUGGUUUCGGCGGCACCUGAAUCUGGAGCUGUCCCUAGUUGAUAUUUCUAACGCAGGGACCAUUGGGGGCCUUGGGAAAGUCACAAUGAGCGCUCUCCGUGCUAAAUACCAGACAGGAGAUGCAAACAUGGAAGCAGACACGAGUUCUUCAUCCGAUAAUGAUACUAGCCCGGGUCAGGAUUUGACGCUGGGUCAGGACAUCUAUCCCAUUACGGGACCAAUACCAGAAUGGCAUUCAGGGUCAGAAGGAUAUGUACUUUUGACCGGGGCCACAGGGUUUGUGGGUGCGUUCUUGUUAUGCAUGCUAGCAGCACUUCCUAAAGUCCAAUGUGUCAUUUGCUUAAUACGAUCUGCCGACGAGUCAUCCGCAAUGGCUCGACUAGAAACAGCGUUGGACAAAUUUGGCCUUCCAAUGAAUUUCCGUGACAAGGUGCGGGCGGUCCCUGGCGAUAUCUCAAAACGAGAUCUUGGCCUAGAAGUCGCAAUGUUCGCCCAGUUGGCCGAAAAGUGCAGUACUGUUUUCCAUCUUGCAGCUGCUGUGAACUUUGGCCUGCCUUAUUCUGAUCUCCGGAGUGUCAAUGUGCGUGGCCUUGUUCAUGUCAUAGGUUUUGCCAACGCUCGGCGUCUGAAGUCUGUCCAUUACUUCUCUAGCAUGGCUGCGUACGGUCCAGCCGGAUUUCUUGGCAACCAAGAAUUUAUUCCUGAGAAUCAGAAACCGAUGGCCGGCUCCGAGCAAACACAGAACCACGGGGGCUAUCCCCUCAGCAAGUGUGUCGCUGAGAACAUUUGCUGGGACGUUAUCGGAAACGGCUUUCCUCUCACAAUCUACCGGCCCGGAUUUGUACUGGGGCACAGUGUUACAGGCGUCGGAAAUGCGAAAGAUGCUGUAAAUCGAUUGAUGUCGACCUGCAUCAAGCUAGGCGCAUAUCCUGAUCCUCCUGCCCAGCGGAACUUUUUUGUCCCUGUGGACUUUGUCUGCUCAGCUGCGCUGCAGAUUUCCCUAUCAAAUGAGAACAUCGGCCAAGCGUACAAUCUAAUCCAUCCGGAUCCGGAUCAAAAUAUCAGCCUGUCAACCACUUUUAACAUCAUUGGCCAACUUGCUUCACCACCGCUCCGCGUUUUGGAAAUCUCCGAUUGGGUGGAAUUGUUUUCAAAGUCUGAAGGGCAUCUUGUUACUCAACUUGCCCCGCAUAUACGUGAGCGACUAGGAGAGGACAUGAUUUGGUGGAACAGAAAACAAGAUGCCAUGGUGACAUAUGGGACGCAAAACGUAAAUAGAGCCUUGGAAAGCCAACCGGAAAUCUUGCAAUUCACCAAUUAA